UCCAUUUCGUUUCCGUGCAACUCUUGGAAGCCUCGACUGUUCACAAAGGUUGCCAAGUCAAACACGGAGCUGCUAAUUAAGACUUGUUUGAGACCCAGAAAGAUGGGCCUCUGUCACCAGUCGAGAGAGGGAGAGAUGGCGAAGAGUGAGAUAGUAAUGGCAGCUGAGAAAUUGGUGGAAUCGGAGAUGAAAGGGAACGAUGCAUCCCACGAUGCUGCCCACGCGUUCAGAGUGAGAGACUUGGCUCUCUCUCUUGCCCUUGAGGAGGGCUUCUCCUCUUCCUCCGAUUCUAUGCUCAUUGUGGAGUUAGCUGCUCUUCUACAUGACAUCGGUAUGCUUUGCAUGGUGUUUAGAUUUCAUAGUAAAGGAAUUCAUUUUUUAUGUGAUUUUAGUACGUUUUGGAGGAUAUAUUGUUGUAUAUUUGAGGUCAUUGUUUUGAUUAAUGUAGCGAGAAGGAUGAUACGAAGAUUUAAAUUGUUAGUUAACUCAAGUGUGAAAAAGGAAGGUGAAGAAGCAGAUGGGAAUGACUUAUAGGGAUUAGGAAUUUUUUUUGGAUGAAAUAUGUUUUAGAACAAAGUGAUUCCAGGUCCUAUAGAGAAUUGAUGGGUGCUAACCACAGUACUAUUUCUCCCAUGGAACAAACUCCACCCU